AUGGGUAUGCAUUGGCGUCCGAGUGCUGCUCAGGAGAAGUCGCGGCGCAUGAACUUGCCACCAGAGGUCCGGAAUCGCAUCUACGCAUACGUCUUCUCUGGCAACAUUCAACGCUGGAACUACAAGUCGCCGAAAUCCAAGAUGGAUUCAUACAAUAGAGAGCCAAUACCAGCCAUCAUCCGAGCAUGCAAACAGACCCACGCCGAAGCGACCCCAAUAUACUACGCCGAGGCAACCUUCCUUUUCAAGUAUGACACUCGAUUCACCCAAUGGGCACGAGCCAUCGGUCACGAGCGCUGUCAUAUGCUGAGAGAGGUCUGCAUCAAGCCUGUGUGGGACUACGAUCUAUAUCUUGGCAUUGGAACAGAUCCCAAGGAUGCUAUUCAAGAGUACGGACAACAAGCGCAGCUUCUGUUGGCCGGGUUUGGUCAUCUGGAAGGAUGUGUGAAGAAGGGUGUGAUCGAGAGUUCCCAUCGACCGACAGCAGCGAUACUCUGA